AGCUUGAGAGAUUGCUGCUAUGAAGAGAGAGGUUGAGAAGCGUGAAGUGCUUAAGAGGCAAGGUCAUGGUGAAUACAGGGAAAUAAUUGAAGGAGACUUCCUAGCGGAGGUCACUCGCUGCAAUAGGAUCAUGGAUAAGCAUUUGAAGGCACUUGCGCCGGUCUAUUUGGGGACUAAAUUCAUCAAGCUUGAUGCCGAGAAUGCUCCCUUCUUUGUGACAAAACUGGCAAUUAAAAUGUUGCCAUGUGUUAUAUUGUUCAAGAAGGGUAUUGUUGUUGAUCGGUUAGUUGGAUUUGAAGACCUUGGAGGUAAAGAUGAUUUUUCUACCAGGGCAUUGGAAAAUAUUCUGAAGAGGAAAGAUUAAGACUAUCAUAUUUGAUAAAACUGGGACCCUGACUAUCG